AUGGCUAGUGGUCACCGGGAAGACGAUGUGCACACAAAAUUUUCUCCUACUACUCCCCACUUUUUCAAGAUAGUCCUUGAAGACACUCACCAGAACAACAAGCUUCAAAUCCGAAGAAGAAUUGUGAGCAAAUGUGGAGACAUUUUAUCAGAUCAUGUAUUUCUUAAGCUUCCACAUUGUGGUUCUUUACGAUGGGAAGUAGGACUGACAAAAUGUGAUGAUGGCAAGGUGUGGUUAGACAAGGGUUGGCCAGAGUUUAGAGAUUAUUGUUCCCUUGUUCGUGGAAAUUUGUUGGUUUUUAGAUUUGAAGGGAAUUCUCAAUUCAGUGUUCUGAUAUUUGACUCGAGUACAACAGAGAUAGAAUAUAAUUAUCAGAGACAACAACAUAAUAAUCGCGAUUCUUUUGUCAAGGAAGAGAGUUCUGGUGAUCAAGAUCAUGAUGUUGAGUUUGUUGAAACUUUGGAAAGGCGCUUUUCACUCGCUCCCAAUGUUACAAGAGAGAAAUCUGAUCCAUUGCAAAUUAGUUCUCGGUCCCACAAGAGAAGGAGAAUCACCAGUCCUCUUGCGAUGAUUGAUUUUCAAGAUCGUAAAGAAGGCGACGGAGAGAAAUUCAAUAUUAGUCCACCAAAAUGGAGGCAACGUUUGACUGAAGAACAAAAGGCUCAAGCACUCAGGAGAGCUAGUAGUUUCAAAUCCAAACACCCUUUUUUUAUGGUUGUCAUGCAACCAUCCUCCUUGGAAGCCAAGUAUUUUGUGAAUUUGCCAUGUCUCUUCGCGACAAAGUAUCUCAGUAAGAGUGCUGAGACUGGUUCGAGGGAAUUUGCUCAGGACAAUGAUUUGAAAGUCGGUGAUGUUUGUGCCUUUGUUCUUACUAAGAGCAUUCGGAUUGUAUUUGAAGUUUCCAUUUUCCGCAAAAAUGAAAUAGGAAAUUCCUCUUUGUUACCCGUGCACGAGGCUGCAACCAUUUCAAGUAAACUAGAAUCACGCAAAACUCUCAACAAAAAAGCUAGAGCUGACCUUGAAAACGUGCGCGGGUUUCGAUCUGAAAAUCCAUUCUUCACCGUUGCUAUGCGAGCUUCAUAUGCAGCUCGUAAGGGCACUUUUCUGGUGAGAAAGCAACCAAACUUGUCAAACCGGAGAGAAUUGCCGAGUUAUAAUGAACUUGGUUGUACUAGAAACAAUGAAAUCAGCUUUCCACUGAAUUCAAUCACUAAGCAAGAACAAGAGGAAAUUGUUGUCGAACUCAAACCUGAAGGCAAGUUCAGGAAGGUAAGAUCUAAUGAGAAUAAAACUAGAGGCCAAGCCAUUCAGAGGCCAUCCUCUUCAGGUCGAGCUGGGAGAGCUUCUGAAGCUGCCGGCUGCAAAUUUUGUUUCAAAAGCCCCCAAUUCAGAGUGGAUUUUGCAUCAGGCCAACUGGGGAAGAAUGCACUGUAUCUACCAGGUAGUUUUGCGUGGAGUUAUUUCAUGAAAAACUCGCAAACCACGACUCUUCAGGUAGCUGAGAGGUCUUGGCCCGUCAAUUUAUUGGCUUAUCCAUCUGCUUCUACUUACAUGUUCUCUGGUGGAUGGUCUGCAUUUGCAAAAGAGAACUCUCCUUCUCCAGGAGAUAUAUGCAUCUUUGAGCUGAUUAAGUGGAAUUACCAAGUUAUGCAAAGAACAGACCUUCCCUUAAAGCAACUCAAUCAGCAGAAUGCGGAGAAAAACUUCCAUCAAUUUGCCGAGCCCAACAUUGCCAAGACUGCGCCAUUAGAUCUUCUAAUCCACCGCUCCUACGCCAAUGAACGGAACGCCGUCACGAACAGCUGCAUCUACAUUUAUCUUCAAUUGUCCACAAGGCGGGGCCAGCCAUCUCGAAGGGGAACAACCACACAAGUGUGGAUAGUGUCAGAAAGAGGUUGGUUGCACAAUCCGAAUUUGAAGAAGGAUGAUCUUAUUGGAGUUAUGGAGAUAAAAGAGGAAGAUUUGCCAAACGAAGGGAGUUUGCUGGGUGAAUAG